UCUGGGAAAAUCCGUGCCACGUGACAAUGUUUACUUUAUCAUAGAGAAUCAACAGCUAUAUCAGCUGCCCGCCGACAACUGUGUAGCCGGAAAUGUUUUAGUUACCUGACUCAAGAUAAACCCUCUGAAUAAGUGCCAGACACAGCUGAAUGAAAGAGAUGAGAGCCAGAGAGCUAGUGAACAUCUAUGAGCACAGUUUGGAGCAGCAAAUUGUGAGACGAGGCUCCAACCUGGCGUGUCAAGAUGAGGAGCUGUGGAAGCAAAUGGAGGGUCUGCUGAAGGACGGAGACGCUCAGGAGACACACUGCCUGGGUCUGGAUCCACUAAGGGUGAUGGAGGAGUCACUCACAGCAGCAGCAACAUCGACAACAGCAGCCGCUGCUGGGCGAGUCCAAGCCAGAGGAGGACUGCAAGGCCUGGCUAAAGCUUUCGAGGUCCUGGAGCAAGCGGCCCUGAACCUGUACCUCGGUCACUGGAGGGCUGAGUACAAAGUAGUCAAGAUGUACUCGGGUAUGUUCACCCACUAUAUCAAACCGGUGCUGUCGAUGCCACAGAUUGAGAAUCUGUUUGGCCUGCUAGGAUACCGUCCCAGCUCGUCUUGGCACGAGCAGCUUCGUCUCCAGUCGUCCCAAGUCACUCCUUCCUCUCUGGAUGACCUCCUCUCCUUGUCAUGUGCGUUCUUCCUGGCCCGCUGUGAGUGCUGCCUUCUUCUGACGGCUCUGGGGAAGCACGUUGGUGAGGCCCAGUGGGAGCUGAGUGUGGUGAGGCAGAGGCAGAGAGGAAACCGCGUACAGGUUGCCCUGGACAACACCAAGAAGACCCUGGUUGUCAACCAGCCGUUCGAUGGAGAAGUGGAGAUAGAUCUGUACACAGAUGAGCACGUUAAUGGGGUGCAAAGGGAGGCGCUUGUCAAUGACGACGAGAGUCUCCACCCUUUAACCUGGGUGACUCAAAGCAGUGCUUCACCCCCUGCCGUCAAAACACACAGCAAUGGAGUGACGUCCUUGUCUUCAACAUCCACCUCCCUGUCCACCAGAGAGCACGUCUGCAUCUCUACACUCAACUGCCAGCUGACCAAGACGUCUCCACUAGAAUCAGACACAAGCAGAAGCUCCUCAGCCAGCAUGAAGCAAGGCCGACGUCCCUGUGAAGAGUCGAGGUUUGACAAAGCGGACUCGCAGUCGUGCAGGGCAGAAGCAAUUGCGCUUGGUCAGAGCGAGGCUGAAGCCAACCACCUUUGCAGCUGUCUCCAGUCUCCCCGUGUUUGCCUUAAACUCUGUAUUGAAUGCAACACCUUGCACGACAUUGGCUGCGCCUUGCUUCAGCAUUGCAACAGGCAGAGUCACCACAUGGUGUACUCUGACAAUACGAGAGAAGAGGUGAAAGAAUUGAGAGCAUUGUCCCCACAGGGUGGAAGCCUCAGAGUGAGUGAUAUUACCGCAUCACCAACUUUCAACAGCAGCACAGCAAUGUCCUCCUUAGCUCUGUGUGAUGAGCCCAAAUCAAUAAUUCCAUCUCUUCAUCCAAUCACCUACCAUGAUUGCUGUGACCUCACCCAUCUGGACCCCCAGGUCCUUUGUCUCAGCUGCAGUGUCUUCCACUCUGGUACCUGCAGAGGGAUAGAAUACUGCCAAGAAUACCACAAGAUCAAACAACUGGGAAAGUGCCCCUGUGGGAAGGCAUGCUCCAGAACGCCUCUGGUUCUCUGCAGAUAUUGUGGAAAUGAGUAUUGUAACGCUUGCUGGUACAGACGUCCUGUUGUAUGCACCUGUGGCCAAACCUUUGAUCAGUCAUCUUCUGUGUGAUUUGCACUUGAAAAGUAUUGCACUUAUGAGGCACAGUUAGCAAAUUCAGUGCCUUAAAUCUGCGUACUGGAAACACUUUUAUAAAAUCAUGUCCAAUAAAUAAAAAAAUCAAAUGUUGCCUUGACACACUGAAAUGUAGUAUUGAGUGCUCCAAAUGUUCUAUGUUGUUUCCGAGACUCCUCACUCUGUCAUCUAGUUAUUCUGCAAGUGGCCAUAUUUACCAUUAUCACCACUUUGAAAGCGUUAUAUUGUCGAGACUUGGGAAAAUAAUUUGUGCUCUUGGGUCACUUAAAUGUAAUUUAGUGUGAAGCACAAGGGAGUCUGCUUCCAUCUGUAUGUGACGCAUGCACAGACUGGAAUAAAAACAAGAAAAGGUCAAUAAGUCACUUGUCUGUGUGAAAUGUGUUUUUAUAAUAAAUGAAUGACCAAUUACUAUGGUGACAGUGCAGUUAUGAGUAUGUACCAGUGUAACUGUAACAGUACUUGGAAAAUCAGUUAUCACAUUUAAUGUUAUUAAAUCAUUACAAUAAUCAAUUUCAAAUAUUAAGAACAUUCCAAAGGUUCUCAUGUCAUUGUUUUGCUCUUUUUUGUAUUUAUUUGCUGUUAAAUAAAGCGAAGAACCAGGGCUGAUAUAUUUAA